CUGACCGUGCGAUGUCGUCGACAGGGCGUCUGCUGCGACUCAGCAUGUUCACGCACGACAACGGCUCGUGGAUCGUCAUGGGUCUCGUUUCGAUCGUCUUCGUCUGCAUCUUCGCUCAGAUCUACAACGGCUUCCUCGCCUACGGUCACGCGGACAGCGCGCCGUACAUCAUCACGGCCGCGAUGAACGUUCGCUACGAGACCUUCAUGAAGAUGGCGGCGUCGGCGACGUGGCUCGGAGACUUCGUCACCGCGUGGAUGGUCACAGACAUGAUGCUACAGGACAAGCUCUAUCCUUCCUGGGGCAGGUCUGCACGGGCCUUCUGGCAGCACAACCAUAACAGGAUUAUUCUUUUCUGGAUGGUGUGGAUCCUGAUGACUGCUGUAGUCCUCAUGGUCAUUAUAACAAACUGGGUAGACUGGGACUACCUGAACCAUGGCUUUGCACCGACCUGUGAGCUUACACGUGCCUUCCUUGCCUCCAGCAUCCUUGUGAUGGACCUGCUCAUACUCAUACAGGACUGGGAUUUUCCUCAUUUUGAGAGCUCCAACUUAGACAUCAAGCUUCCUGGCCUCAACGUGGCAAGCAUCAAGUUCAGAGUGCCAGCUUGCGUGCGAAACAAGUUCUGGACUGUACACAUAUCCGGGAAAUGGUUCAACUAUGGUGUGAUCAUACUUGUGAUGUGUCUGGAUUUGAACAUGUGGAUCAAUCAGGUGAUCUAUGCACCACGCAAGUACGGGCAGUACACGGGACCACAGCAUGAGAUCUACACGGCUACAGACGAGGUACAAUAUCAUAUCAUUCAGCUACAGACGAGGUACUUCUGUAGCUGA